CUUUAAACAAUUAUGUAAUUGUGACUAACUUAAAUAUGUUGCAUUAUUUCAACGAAUAAGUACAUUAAAUGCAAUUAAUGUUUGUAAAUAGUUGAUUAAAAGCAGAUAAGACGCGUAUUAUAUACGUGUAACGAAAACCUCAUCGGUCCUUAUUUUUUACAUUACAAUUAAUUAUUUGCGUCUUUGUUAAAAAAUUCUAUAAAUUUCAAGUUGUAUCUGUAAUCUGUAUGUUCUAAAUAUUUUCAUUUUAUCUACAUUAAAUUGAACAAUCGCCAAUUAUGAUGACUAAAUCAAUAGUUUUUAUUGUGUUAGUCACGUUUGCAAACUUUGUCACCCCAAGAGCACGCCGGCAUUAUCGACAGAGGUUUCACCAAGCGCCUCGUGCCUACAUUACAACCAUGUCUGGAUUAAAACCAUUAUGUGCUGACCAAACCAUACAUUCAAGUCCAUGUGAAUCAGAUAGAACUUUCACUAUUAAGACCCAAGAAAAUCCUGACAGACGGCUAAUUUUACCCCCACCAGGCAUUCAUCUACCUUUCGGGUUAGGCUUUUCUUCUGCUGCUAUUCCCGCCGUCGCCGAGGCUUAUAACGUAAUAGACAAUAAUAUCGAAGUUUUAGAAUCCUUGAUACCGAUUUCACCAGAAUUCGCUUGUAUAAAAAUAGCAACUCCUUUUUGUAGCGAACAAGGAUAUCCCGUGAGAUCAAUUGUUUUAUAAUAAAAAUUAGGAACUUCGUUCCAAUAAAUGUA